AUGGCUGAGGAGGACCGGGAUAAGACCUCCUUCAUCACCGAGGAGGGAACCUACUGCUACAGGACCAUGCCGUUUGGGUUGAAGAACGCGGGAGCUACUUACCAGCGCUUGGUCAACAAAUUAUUCCAAAACCAGACCGGCAGAAGCAUGGAGGUCUAUGUAGACGACAUGAUCGUCAAAAGCCGGACUGACCAGCAGCUCAUACCCGACCUCCGGGAGAUUUUGAACAUCCUGCUGGAGUGCCGGAUGCGCCUAAAUCCGAAAAAGUGUACCUUUGGGGUCAGAUCGGGAAGAUUUCUCGGCUUCCUGGUGUCCCGAGAUGGAAUCCGGGCCAACCCGGAUAAACUCCAGGCCAUUAUGGACAUGGCCUCUCCGAGGAAUGUGAAAGAGGUCCAACGACUCACAGGGAGGAUGGCCGCCCUGAACAGCUUAUCUGGCCGAGCUGCCAACUCUGAUCGCCCCAGAGCCGGGGUAGACCCUAUUCCUAUACCUGUCCUCCUGCAACGAGGCCGUCAGUGCGGUAUUGGUGCGGGAAGACGGAGGGGCUCAGAGGCCGGUGUAUUACGUCAGCCGAGCUCUACAGGGGCAGAGACGCGAUACUCACCAGCCGAGAAGCUGGUCCUUGCCUUGGUGCAUGCUUCUCGCAAGCUCCGCCCGUACUUCCAGGCUCACAGCAUCGUAGUUCUGACCGACCAGCCCUUGCGUCAGAUACUCACCAAGCCCGAGGUCUCGGGCAGGAUGACCAAGUGGGCCGUCGAGCUGGCCGAGCAUGACCUUAGUUAUCGGCCUCGCACCGCGAUCAAGGCUCAGGCCUUGGCAGACUUCCUUGCAGAGGGGGCUAACUUAAACCUGGCCGAGUUAGCCCCGACACCCACGGACGCCCCGGCUGAAGAGCCGUGGGUGCUGUUCGUGGAUGGCGCCUCGAGCAAGGAAGGGAGCGGGGCUCGCCUGCUGCUCACCUCGCCCACCGGGGAAGAACUGACCUACGCGCUUAGGUUCGAUUUCCCGGCGUCCAACAACGAAGCAGAGUACGAGACCCUGCUGGCGGGGCUGCGGAUAGCCCACCAGAUGGGCAUCACUGCGAUCAGAGUUCGGAGCGAUUCUCAACUCGUCGUCCUCCAGGUUCGCGGGGAGUACGAAGCCAAGGACGAGAUUAUGAAGAAAUACCUGGCUAAGGUGCGGGAGGCGGUGACCUUGUUCGGAACAUUUGAAAUCGUGCGGGUGCCGAGGUCCCAGAACAAGCGGGCAGACGCCCUUUCAAAGUUGGCGUCCUCCUCGUUUGCCCAUCUAAGCAAGGAGGUCUUGGUGGAGGUGGUAAAACAAAAGAGUAUCAAUCAAGUUCAGUGCGUGACUCCCGGGGAAGGUGAUUACGUUCUGCGCGAGGUCCAUGAAGGAAUAUGUGCAGCACAUGUGGGGUCUAGGGUGUUGGCCAAAAAGUGCCUCCUUUUGGGCUAUUACUGGCCCUCCGUCUUCCGAGACGCAGCAGAUCUGGUCCAAAAAUGCCGAGCUUGCCAGGUGCACGCUUCGCUGCGCCAUCAGUCAGUUCAAGAAAUGGUCCCCAUUCAUAGUCCUUGGCCCUUCACUCAAUGGGGGAUAGACCUCGUGGGUCCCUUCCCCCGAGCCCCGGGAAGGUAUGAACACCUCGUGGUGGCAAUAGAUUACUUCACGAAAUGGGUGGAAGCAGAACCCCUGGUCUCUAUUUCUGGAAAGGCAAUUCAGAAAUUCUUCUGGAAAAAUAUAGUUUGUCGCUUUGGGAUUCCGCACGUCCUGAUAUCCGACAAUGGCCGCCAGUUCGCCGAGAACCCUUUCCGGAGCUGGUGCUCUGAGCUCGAAAUCAACCAACACUUCACGUCAGUGGGUCACCCCCAGGCCAAUGGUCAGGUGGAGAACGCCAACCGAACUGUCCUGCAAGGGUUGAAGACUAGAAUGGAAUCCGCCCAAUCGAACUGGCUGGAUGAGCUUCCCAGUGUCCUCUGGGCUUACCGCACUAAGCCCAGGACGGCCACCCAAGAGACCCCAUUCUCCUUAACUUACGGAGUAGAGGCUGUGGUGCCCGCGGAGGUCGGUCUUCCCUCGCCCAGAACACAGAAUUUCGUGGCAGCAUCCAACGAGGAAGAGCUCAGGCUUGCCAAGGUGGAUGGAUCUGAAGUACCUCGUACUUGGCACUUCUCCAAUUUGCGGUUGUUUGUAGCAUAG